UAUCAUUUCCCAAACACUGUGCAACGUCACAUCUGGCUGCAUGCCGCCGCCUGCCUGUAUUUGGGCAAUCAGUUGAUUGUUCUUGUUUUUUUAUGUUUUUUGCGUGUGUUUGUGUGUGUGUUCGGUUUUUUUCGUUUUUUUUUUUUGUGCUGUUUCUAGUUCAAUGUAGUUCUGGGGUGCUGCUGGGUCUGAGGCUGGCUACUGAGUUUGGUUAACCCCCGGCGGAGCAAAGCGUAUUUUGUUUCGUAUUUGGUUUUUUCAGUAAUCGGCAAACAACGCGAGCGAGCGUACGCAUAUAUUGGGGCCGCCUAAUAUUUGUUGUACCCCCCCUCUGACAUCAUUCCUUCUUUUUAUUUUUUGCGGCGUUCGUGUGCGUGCGAUUUUUUGUUGUAUUUUUUUUUGUUUGUUUGAGUGCUCACAUUUCUUCUGCGUCACCUGUGGUGUGGUCUCUCUUUUUGCCGCCUGCGCUAAUCCUUCAGUCGUCGUCGUGUAAUACCGUUAUGCCCGGGCUCAGGCGCACCUGCGCAGCCGCCCCCCGUCCGUGUGUGGAAACGAAGUGGAUCGCCAGGAAACGAUAACCAGAGAGAGGAGAGCUGAAGCUAAGGCCAAAGCCGAAUCCGAAUCCGAGGCCACAAGGAUCUAUCUAUAAUCGAUAUAGCAAAAAUAAAACAAACAAAAACUGCCAUACACCACGCUACUCUACCCGCUCUCUCUCUCUCUCUCUACCUCUGCCUCUGCCUCGGCCGUUCACCAUGUAUUCGGCGGUCCGCACCCACGACUACGACUAUCCCGAAUCGGAGAUGGACGAGCGCGAGAGCCUGUACUUUGACACCAUUUCGCUGGCGGAUUCCGAGGCGGCGGCUGCCGCAGCCGCCCACCGAAAAUCGCUGUCACAGUCGCGGAACACUAUCUACCAUUCGGCCGUGGAUCUGGCCAAUGAUGAGACACGCAACAGCCUGCGGCUGGGUAGUGGCGCCGCUGCCGAGCAUGCUUCUUUGGCGUGGCAGCCCGGCUAUCGGCAGUCGACGGCACUGGAGCACCUGAACGGUGGAGGCGAUCAAACGGAUGCAGCGAUUGCCGCACAAAUGCUGGCCCUGCACAACGGACGGAAUCAUUUGCCCACGGGGAUUGGUGUUGGCGGCCAUACAGGAGCUGGAGCAGGAGCAGGAGGUGGUGACGAUGAGACGUACAGACGCUUUGAUGAUGGCAAACGGAGCGUGGACUUUGUGCUGGCCUACAAUGGCGAGGAUCAGGUGGAGGAUCAUCGCCGGAAGCGGGAGAUCUUCGAGGCGAAUCUGCAGAGGGAGGGCUUGCAGCUGGAGCACAACAAAGUUCAGCGCGUGCACUUUAUCAAGAUCCAUGCCCCCUUCGAGGUGCUCUAUCGCUAUGCGGAGAUACUGAAGAUCAAGGUGCCACUGAAGCCAAUACCGGGCCAGGAUCAGAUCUUCGAUGAGGCGGCGCCCGCCUUCAAGUCCUGCUUCACCCGCAUGUGCCGCAGCCUCUUCAGUUCGGUGCAGCUGAACACGGAACUCUUUCCCGAACGAGAGCCACGCAUCCACCUGGAGUUCUCACGCAACUAUCUAGAGCUGUACGACACAGAGCAUCCAAACUUCUUCGAUGACAGCACUCGCUACUCCAUCAUCAACUUUAUACUGCAGCGACAACACUUUCUCGAAGGCGAGGAAACAGUCGACAAUCUGGGCGUCGAGAAGCUCGUUCAAGAUGGCAUCUAUACAUGCGCCUACACCCUCCACGAUAAAGCGGACAGGGAUCGUCUACUCAAGGAGUGGGCCAACAUCAGCAAGUGGAAGAACCUCCAGCCACUCGACCAAAUCAAAGACUACUUCGGUGCUAAGGUGGCAUUGUACUUUGCCUGGCUGGGAUUCUACACUCAAAUGUUGAUACCCAUAAGCAUAUUCGGUUUGCUCUGCUUCCUAUACGGCUUUGUUACGUGGAGCAGUGAUCCGAUCAGUCGUGAUAUCUGCGAGGAUAGCGGAACGAUCAUGUGUCCGCAGUGCGAUCGCAGCUGCGACUAUUGGCGCCUGAACGAGACGUGCACGUCUUCCAAGUUUAAUUAUCUGAUAGACAACAAUAUGACGGUGGUGUUUGCCCUAGCCAUGGCCAUAUGGUCGGUGACAUAUUUGGAGUUCUGGAAACGCUAUUCGGCGGGACUGGUGCAUCGCUGGGGCCUGACUGGCUUCACACAUCAUGUGGAACAUCCGCGUUCCCAGUAUCUGGCAAAGAUAUCGCGCUCGAAGCGGCUGGCUGGCAAUACCCAGGGCACUGGCAUACUGGAUCCGGAUGUGCCCUUCUGGAGCAUCAAGUUCCUGCCCAACUUUACCAGCUACAGCAUCAUGGUGUUGUUUAUUUGCAUAUCAGUGAUUGCCAUUGCGGGCAUCAUCAUCUAUAGAAUGGCGCAGCGUGCCUCACACAGCAUCUUGGGCAGCGAGAACUCGAUGACCUUUAAAGUGAUGAUCCUGCCCAUGACGGCGGGCAUCAUCGAUCUGAUUGUCAUCUCGCUGCUGGACCUGGUCUACUCCAAGCUAGCCGUGCAUCUGACCAACUACGAGUACUGCCGCACCCAAACGGAGUACGACGAGAGCCUCACCAUUAAGAACUAUGUGUUCCAGUUCGUCAACUACUAUUCCUCGCUCUUCUACAUAGCCUUCCUCAAGGGCAAGUUUGUUGGCUAUCCGGCCAAAUACAAUCGCGUGCUGGGCUUCCGCCAGGAGGAGUGCAAUCCGGGCGGCUGUCUCAUGGAACUCUGCAUGCAACUGGUGAUAAUUAUGGCCGGCAAGCAGGCAGUGAACGCCAUUGUCGAGAUGCUCAUUCCCUAUCUGCAGCGCACCAUCAAGGAGAUGAUUUAUCGUCAUGGCUGGUACAAGAGCCACAAGGAGCAGCGACUGGUGCCCUACAAUCAGUUUACCGAGGACUACAAUCUACUGCCCGCCGAGAACAAUUCGCUUUAUGUGGAGUACCUGGAAAUGGUCGUGCAAUUCGGCUUUAUCACAUUAUUCAGCCUGGCCUUUCCGCUGGCACCGCUGCUGGCGCUGCUCAACAAUGUGAUCGAAGUGCGUUUGGAUGCCAUCAAGAUGCUGCGCUUCCUGCGCCGACCAGUGGGCAUGCGAGCCAGAGACAUUGGCGUGUGGCACAACAUCAUGACUGUAGUCACACGCAUAGCCGUGGCCUCUAGCGCCAUGAUAAUUGCAUUUAGCACGAACCUCAUACCGAAAAUCGUGUACGCAGCCUCAACGGGCGACCGGGAGCUCAACGGGUAUCUAAACUUUACGCUGGCGUACUUCAAUACCAAGGACUUUCAGCUGCAGCCACUGCUCGGGGGCAGUCAGUUUGUGAAUGAGACGGAGUGUCGCUACACAGAGUUCCGGAAUGCGCCCACGGACGAUCAUCCGUACAAGCGGCCCAUGAUCUACUGGAAAAUACUCACGGGUCGACUGGCCUUCAUAGUCAUCUAUCAGAACAUCAUCAAUAUGCUGCAGGGCGUGCUGCGCUGGGCCGUGCCCGAUGUCUCUGGUCGACUGCUGAAGCGGAUUAAGCGCGAGAAUUUCCUGCUGCGCGAACACAUCAUUGAGUACGAGAAGCAGCAUGCCAUGCUGCAGGCCCAGACAGCAGUCCACAUCCAGCAGACCAAGAGCCAGGAGUCAUCGGGGCUGCGCCAGCGCCAUGGUGCUGGUGAUGAGGAUGCCACCUCCUUUGUUUAACAGCCUGGGCCGUCUGCUUGACUGCCUACCUUUAUACAUAUAUAUAUUUUUUAUAUCAAUAAGUUCAUUCCAUAAGUUUCUUUUAUUUCUUGUAUUGUAUAUACACGCUGACACACGUCCAGCAGUUGUUGUGCUUUGUACUUAAGAUGAUUUUUAUAAUGCGUGUUUUUUGCAUCGAAAGUGCUCAACGAAACGGAGAGUCAAGCAAUUUGCAUUUUUAUAUAGGGUAUACCAUACCAUACACUUGAUAUACAUUAUUGUUGAAUGGUUUGUUCAGAUAUAGUUAAUUUAUGUAUUUUGUACGAGAGAAUCAUCUUUGCUUUUGCCAGCGCCAGCAGCACACAGAAAUUAUACAGAUAUACAUAAUAGAUAGAUAGAAAGAUAUAUAUAUAUAUAUAUAUAUAUAUAUAUAUGAUAUAUAGCUAUAUUUGUAUUUUGUAGGAAGGGUAUGAUAUACACCAAAUGUCCAAAUGUGCAUUAUUCGAUUAUUCUGUAUUGUAUUGUAUUAUUUAUUGUUUUGUGCAUUGCAUGCCAUGGAAAUGAAACGAAAAAGUUGAAAGCGAAGGGACAGGAGGUCAUGAUUGAACAAAAAACGAAUUAUACACCAUUGUAUAUUUGUACAAUACAUACAUACAUGUGCUAUGUAUACUAAAACACUAAGAAACAAUCCAAUGUACCUUACCAUACAUAUAUAUAUAUACAUAUACUACCUACAACAAAACGAACACAAACAUAUGACAUAUGUACCACAGUCCUCUGCCCAUCCCAGAAACCAUCAUUGUUUUUUGAUUGUUGAUCCCUUAAGGAAUACCUAUGUAUGUCUUUUGUAUGUACAAUCUCUGAAGAUGAUCCCCCAAUCUAGUAUAAAGUGAAUUGUUGUUUUGAUAAACAUAUUUAUGCAUACGAUUGCAACGAUUGCGUUUACAAUAAAAAUAAUGUUAACAAAUUACGAAUACGAUUACGAAACGCAUCUGAACUAAAAAAAAGAAGCAAAAAUCCCCGAAUAAAGAAUGAUUGAACCAGCAGUCAACGAAUUGAAAGAGAACAA